AUGGGACGACCAAGGCUGAUCAUUCUGAUCAGACAUGCCCAGUCUGAGGGCAACAAAAACAGAGAAAUCCACCAGACCAUCCCCGACCACCGUGUCAAGCUCACACAAGACGGAUGGGCCCAGGCGCGCGAAGCUGGACGGCGCCUGCGCUCUAUGCUUCGGGCCGACGAUACUAUCCACUUCUUCACCUCGCCCUAUCGUAGGACAAGAGAGACGACCGAGGGCAUUCUCGAGACUUUGACAUCGGACGAGGAUGACCCAAGCCCAUUCAAGCGCUCCAACAUCAAUGUACACGAGGAGCCACGUUUGCGCGAGCAGGAUUUUGGCAACUUCCAGCCCUGUAGCGCCGAGAUGGAGCGCAUGUGGCAGGAGCGCGCCGACUAUGGCCACUUUUUCUACAGAAUUCCCAAUGGAGAAUCAGCCGCCGAUGCAUACGAUCGCGUUUCCGGUUUCAACGAGAGUCUUUACCGGCAAUUUGGCGAGGAUGACUUUGCUAGUGUUUGUGUAUUAGUCACCCAUGGUCUUAUGAGCAGGGUGUUCCUCAUGAAGUGGUAUCACUUCUCCGUCGAGUAUUUUGAGGACCUGAGGAAUGUGAAUCACUGCGAGUUUCUCAUCAUGAAGAAGCAAGAAGACAGUGGCAAGUACAUUUUACAGAACAAGCUGAGGACAUGGUCUGCUCUAAGGCGGGAACGUGCUGCGCUCACAGCGAAAGAGGAUGCUGAGAAAGAAAAGGAAAAGGGAAAUGCUACUGCACCGGCCCCUGCCCAAGCUAAGGACGCAGAAAAACCGUCAAAUGGCCAGAGCUCUUCUCAAGCAGUACAGAGACGAUGGGGCGGCUGCCCGGAGGGAUGCGAUCACUCGAAACAUCUUCCCAAGAUUCGUAGGGACCUGUUGGAAUUGCGGCAGGUUGACGAGAAGCAUGCUGCUAAGAGCAGUCUUGCCGCUGCUGGCAGCGUCCAAGUUACGAGCUCCACCACAACGAUCGCCUCGCGCCGAGUUCCGCGCACUGUCAACUCGUCAGAUGACGACUCGGAUGAUCCCCGCGGCAAGCCUGGAGGCGGCCCUAAGAUUGACAUCUCAAGAGCUCGGGAAGAAAUUGUUUCGUCGCCAGAUGGUACACCCUCUUUCAUCACGGUCGAGGAUCGUUUACGCUACAUGAAAUCUCCCAAGUUCCUGCAUGUGGGUCGCGACUUUGGCGGUACACACUCUGGUGCUAAUAGUGAUGCGGAAAUGUCCGAGGACGACGCAAGGCAGCGUCUAGCUAGCAUUGCCGCAAGGGUUAAACCUACCAACGGAACCAGUGGAGUUAAUGGCAAUAGCAAUGGUGAUAAUGGAAAAUACCUCAACGAGAGCGGGAUGGGACGGGGCGCGCAUGCUAAUAGGCUUGGUGAUGCGCCGGCUAGUCGAAGCUGCUCGAAUGAUGGAAGCGAGGACGGUGGCGACGAGAGGGAAGAUAAUGGGGACGUGGACGAACACGAACACGAGGAAGAAGAUUUGGACAAGGCCGAAAAGGAAGACCGAAGUAUUAGAGGAAGUGUCUAUUAA